GAACUUGAACGUUGAACUCGAUACCUCUGUCGUGGGGCGAAAACAGUGUAGUUUAUAUGGCAUGCACUGGUGAGGAGAGCUAUGAAGCAUGGUUACAGGCUGCCAAACACGCCCCAGCCGUAACCUAUCCUCAACUCUUUCAUGACACACGAUGGCCAUAUUGACGAUGGCGAUCAUGAUGACACAGGGACGCUGGCGUGGUUUCGAAUAUUUUGAUCUAUUGCUGCAAUUGAUCAUCAUAUCUGAUAGAUGCAGAACUAAUGUCCACUCGUAUCAAAUUGUUCGAAUAAACCACCCCCCAAUAAACUGUUAGGCAACCACGACCGUGGGGCAGCAGUAGGACAGUAACCUCAAUAAUCCUCCAAGGUGAACAUUGAAGUUUUAGCUCUGUCGCGACGUCGCUGGCCAUGUGGACCUUUUCCAGGUAAUCGCACAGUGCUACUUUUGUAGCUCACAGUUGGAGACAUGUACAGCAAUCAGUUAUCUCUCCAUACAUUGUCUGAUCAAUAGGGCUUAACACUGCAUACCAAAAUAGCAGAACUUUGCUCCAUUGAUUUCCCACUGGCGUAUAGUCCUUUCUGAAGUAUCCAAAAGUUUGAAUCGAAUACUGACAACUUGUGUUGCAAUAUUGCUAGAAGUUCGACGUUCCUAUUGCAUCUGAUUUUAUUUAAAGGCAUACUCACAGCCUUUGAAUAUAUAUCAAUCAACAACCCGUGUACUAUGAUGUGGCCUUAUCUCGAGAUUGUUCCACUCACGACCUAAUGCCAUGGUACCAGGGUUUAUCCCUUGCACGUGUAGCCCCCAUGACGGUUCCAAGCCUAGCCUCAAACUAUGCGUUUAGCGUGUUCGGUUUUAUUGGAUUCGUCCUGGUCAGUAUCUUGUUGCCAAUGCAUCUACGAGCGAGGAAUGCUGGGACGUGCAUGUACAUAGUGUGGACCAGCAUAGUUUGUCUUACCACUGCCGUGAACUCAAUUAUAUGGAAUCGUAACUAUGUAAACUGGUCACCAGUUUGGUGUGAUAUAUCAUCCCGCGUCAUCAUGGCCGCAGGCUGGGGCAACGAAGUGGCUUUACUGUGCAUUAUCCGCCGCUUGUAUCGCAUUAUCACGAUGAAGGCUGUGAAUCAGAGUGUCCGUGAGGCUCGACGUGACCUGAUCGUGGAUCUAUGUAUUGGCAUUGGCCUUCCCAUACUGAUUUUAUCAUUGCAGUACAUCGUUGAAUUCUGCGAUUUCGAGAUCUUUGAAGAUGUAGGAUGCUUUCCAGCCGUAAAUAUAACAGCACCAAGUAUACCAAUCUUUGUCAUGUGGCCUGCCGUCUUUGCGCUAGUGACUGCCAUCUAUGCUGGCCUCACCAUCUACGCUACAAUCAAACGCAAAGCAUAUAGAAGAGAAAUUAUGUCAAGUAAUCAAGCCUUGCAAUUCGGCCAUUACUGGCGCCUUCUAACCCUUACUGGUAUUGGCAUCGUAUGCACCCUGCCAUAUGGAAUGCUGGAAUUUUUUGUCAAUGUCCUCCCUCCUUAUCAGCCCUAUAAUUGGGAUAUUGAACAUACUGGCUUUUCUGAGGGACAAGAAACUCCUGCAUCCCUUUGGGCAAAUGACGCCGUGAGUGUGUAUAGCAUGGAGAUUAACCGGUGGUCCCCCUUGUUCAAUGCCCUUGUGUUCUUUGCGUUCUUUGGGUUUACGAAGGAAGCUAGACAAGAUUAUCGUCGCGUCUGGCUUUUCAUCAUACAACCUAUAAGCAUCCGUUCGCCGGGUACAAACGUAUUGACCGCCAGAAAAACAUCUCUCCCUACCCACCAUGCCUUGCGCAACCGUGUCAACCCUGAAACGUUUGGAGGCUCUCUUCGUUUCAUGCCUCCUGCAUCGUCCAGCCAAAUGAUGGCGUCCACCGCACAAUCGUCGCGUUUUCGGCCGCUGUCUCUACCUUCCAUGCCAUCUUUAUCUGCUAGGGAGCUAUGGAGUAGUCGGGUGCGCGAUGUGAAUGGUGGAUCCUUCUCAGUCUCUCAGAGCAAAGGAGCUACAGAGCAAACAUUAGAUCAAAAUGUUCUCACCAUGGGGUGGUGUGCUUCUUCAUCAGUGCCAGCUGUAACGAUACCAGCGCCCGUGUUAGAGGCCUCUGCGGUCUUACGGCGUCAUACCUUGGAUUCAACAAGACCUACCGCCAUCCAGGCACUUCAGCUUCCAACCUCCUCCUCAGGGGGUGGGGUUCAAUGACAGGCAUUACAAUUUUUAGAGACUACUACGCCGGAAUCGAUCAGAAUUUUUAGUCUCGGACUAGUGUAUUUGCCAAAUAUUCCUUCAUGCUUAAGAAUAACCUAUGGUAGUAUCAACCUGUCAGAUAUAUUCAAAUAUCUUGUAGUGGUGCAAGAGUUAUAGACAUUUGGUGUAG